AGAGAUGAAUGACGCUCUAAUCUUGAUUCGGCUGUAAUCGCGUAAGCGGUGCCAACGCCAAUAAAGAAGAAGAAUAGUGGCAUCCUUGAAGGCGCAAAGGCAGAGCUCCAUCGUUCUUGCCUUUUAUUUAUUUACACCGAAUUUUUAAGCAUUAAUCAAUUCUUUUAUAAUUAAAAAAAAUAUAAUCAAGUGAGCACAGAUAUGUAUAUCGUUUGUAUGUGUGUAUGACAUACAGAUAAAUUCGCAACCAACCGACUUUGCGGUGGACAUUGCUCUUCCCAAUCACAACGGGGAACAUAAAUAUAAGAGCAAAUCGGCUUAGAGGCUCAGUAUUUGAAGUUCCCUUGUUUAGAGAAUACCGUUUUUCACAAUUUGGAGUGAGUGUGAAAUUGUGUUUGUGCAUAAAAUAGAUCAAACAGUGUUGUCAUAAUGAGCUCUUGGAAGGAUAAUCAGGAGAUCGAAAUAUUUCGUGAAUAUCUGCGUAUACCCAGUGUUCAGCCGGAUGUUGACUAUGCACCCACAGUGGAGUUUCUGAAAAAACAAGCCGUUAAUUUAGGACUACCCAUUGACGUUUAUCAUCCCGGCAGUGUAGACAAACCAGUUGUUGUUAUAACAUGGCUAGGUGAACAGCCCGAGUUGCCCUCAAUUAUGUUGAAUUCUCAUAUGGAUGUGGUGCCGGUCUACGCCGACAAAUGGACGCAUCCACCAUUCGCGGCAGAGAUCGAUGACAAAGGUCGUAUUUAUGCACGUGGAGCGCAGGAUAUGAAAUGUGUGGGCAUGCAAUAUUUGGCAGCGAUAAGGACGUUGCGUAAAAAUGGCGCCACCUUGAAACGGACUUUGCACGUGACAUUUAUGCCAGAUGAAGAAAUCAGCAGCCCCAUGGGUAUGCAGGCUUUUGUAAAAUCUGAAGAAUUUAAAAAAUUAAAUAUCGGUUUUUGUUUCGACGAAGGCAUUGCAACUGAAGAGGAAACAUUUUCUGCCUUCUAUGCAGAAAGAAGUUUGUGGCAUGUGCAUUUCAUUAUCACCGGCACUGCUGGACAUGGUUCCUUGUUGCAUCAAAAUACAGUUGGCGAAAAGCUGAAUCUUAUGCUCAAUAAACUGAUGGAGUUUCGACAAAGCGAAAUCGUUCGAUUGAAAACUAAUCCAUUUUUCAAACUUGGCGAUGUAACAACCAUCAAUUUGACCGUCAUAAAGGGUGGUGUGCAAAGCAAUGUUGUGCCUCCAGUUAUCGAAGCCGUUUUCGAUAUGCGUUUAGCAUUAGAUGUGGAUCAUGACGCUUUCGAUAGGCAGUUAAAGAGUUGGUGUAACGAAGCUGGUGGUGGCAUUGAAAUUGUCUAUGAAACGAAGGAGCCAAAAUUGGAAGGAACCAAAAUUGAUGCCUCUAAUCCCUACUGGACAGCAUUUGAGGGUGCUCUCAAGGAAUUAUCGCUUAAAAUUCAGCCACUUGUGUUUCCUGCUGGUACAGAUUGCUGUUAUGUGCGUGCUGCUGGCAUAUCAGCCAUUGGCUUCUCGCCCAUGAACAAUACGCCGGUCUUAUUGCAUGAUCAUGAUGAGUUUCUACAGGCGGAUGUGUAUCUGAAAGGAAUAGAGAUUUAUACCAAAAUUAUAAAGGCUGUCGCAAAUGUUUAGGGGUCUCACUACAGUUUAUAUACAAAAUAGUUAAAGAAUAAAAACUAUUAUUAUUUUUUCAACGAAA